AUGGACGACGACUCAACUGCUAACCUAGUUGAGAGAAUUAAAGACGCUGGUAUUGCAAAUCAGACUUCUAAAAUUUCUGACAUUGAGGCUCGUGAAUUAGAGCUACAAUAUGAAAGACAACAAAAAGCAGUACAAGAAUUACUCCAUAAGCAGGCAUUCGUGCCUGUACAACUGUCUAAUACCAUUGUAGAAGGUGCGGAAUCAAUAAGACCUAAUGUAUUACAACGUUAUUUGGAUCGGACUGUUUAUACAGCUUCAAAUCUUAAUCAACUACUACGACAAACAGAUGUCUUAUUUCGUCUACUAGUUUCCUCCUCUCUAGCUGAAUCUAUUACCCAAACUUUGGAUACUAGAGGAUCCAUAAUUGCUAAUCUUUCCAACACCCAAAUACCGAGUUAUCUUCAUGAGAACGAGGGCUCGAAUGCUAUGUCUGUUAUAGAUAUUGUGCAGCGGCUUAAAAUCCAACCGGUUAAAAAGUUCGCUGCGAAAACAGGAACAAAUGUGGGAAAUGGAGAGGGUGAUGGCUAUUUGCAAUUCCAAUGGCGAAAUGUUUUUGGAGGCGGUGAGAGGAUUGUCUUUGAUGCGACUAAGGGUACUAAGACUCAAUCAUCGUAUUUGCUAAGCCUAAUUGCACCAGUUAAUGAAUACUGGAUUGGGGAUCUGUCCUCAUUCAAGCAAUCUGCACGCUUUGGCGGAGUAGAGCUCUUUACUAGGGGCAUAAGGACAUCGGUUAAAAGUCUAUUUUUCCUUGAAGGAUCUUGGAAUCAUGAGUUAGCGUUUGAGAGCAUUUGGCGAAGCACUUUAAAUAAGAAUAUCAAUAGCUCAGAUUCGGUCCUUAUACAUUGUGGAGAAGAUUUGAAAAACUCGAUCACUCACAAGCUUGUCAAAGAUACGCGAGAUAAUGUCAUUUUCCCUAAUUCUGGUUAUAGCAUGCAACUGUUGAAUGAAAUUUCACUUGGUUCAUAUUGGAAAUUGUAUUUUGAAGCUAAUGCUGCCCAACCGUUGGGUAAGGAUGACUUUUUUACUAUGAGUUCUUCUAUAAAGGCUGGCUAUAUAUCAAACUUUCAUCCUCAAGGUAAUAUAGUCCACUUUAAGGACAAGUUUCACAGCGGGGGUCCAAAUGACGUCCGAGGUUUCCAGCUCAUGGGAUUAGGGCCAAAAGACAGACAAGAUGCUUUAGGAGGUGAUGCGUUAUUAGCAUACGGUGUCAGCAUAUUUUCCCGCCUGCCAAUAAGCAAAUGGUCUUCUUCUGGGUUUAGGCUACAUUAUUUUAUCAACGGUGGUAGGCUUAUAAACCACAACAACGCUUCGAAAUCAUCCAUACUUUCCAAUAUGCUUCAACAGCACUCAAUUUCGACAGGAGCGGGGCUAGUUUUUAAGCAUCCUGCUGCCAGGUUUGAACUGAACUUCACUUUACCGCUUACAGCUCAUUUAUCGGAUUCUGUACGGAAGGGAUUCCAGUACGGUAUAGGCAUUUCAUUCUUGUAG